AUGGUUAAAAAACAACUCAAAGCCCUAUUCAUACCGUUGGACGGUAUCGGACACGUGAACGCAUGCAUUGGUAUAGCCGAGUCGCUGAUAGGGGCCGGACAUCGGGUGUCGUUCCUCAUGAAUACCCAAUGGGAGGGCAAACUCAAGCACUACGGUAUCGACGAAAUACUAUACCCGAGUCUAAGUGGUCGUAAACCGGGCGGCAAUCCAGCGCUCGAGUGGGCCCGUGAGCUGCAAAAGUCGGGCAUUAUUGGCCCAAAUGGGUCACUAGACAAAAUGGUUGCCUGGGUGACCAAGUUUAUUCCCGUGUUUAUCCGAGAUUCCCAAGCAAUGGAUAAAUUGAUUGAUAAGACUAUUGCUGAGUUACGGCCGGAUGUGAUAUUUUUGGAUCAGAUUAUAACCAUGGCGUCGGUGGAGCGCUCGGGUAUACCCUGGGUAUGGGUUUGCAGUUAUAACCCGUUGUUUCAUUUGGAGGAUAUACGGACCCCACCCGCCGGUUCAGGUUUUGCAACCAAUGGUGACCGUAAAGAAUGGGCGCACUUUCGGCAAACUGUAAACGAGGCCACGAAAGACAUAUGGCGUGAGUUUAAUGACUAUAUUGUGGGCAACGGUUUACCACCGCUUGACUAUUGCCAAUACAUACGCGCGCCGACACAUCUACACAUAUACCCACUGCCCGUUGAACUGGACUACACAGACCUGAGACCAGUGCCCGACCGGUGCCUACAAUUGGACAACUUGAUGCGCAAAGAUGUGCAUGCUAGUUUUACAUUACCUGACCAACUAGCCAAUAAACCAGGCAAAUUGAUCUAUGUCGGUUUAGGCUCAAUGGUAUUGUCCGAUCUAGAUAAUACUAAACGCUUAAUGGCAAUACUGGCCAAAUCAAAGCACCGGUUCAUUGUAUCGAAAGGUCCGCAUCAUGAUAAGUACGAGUUGCCGGGUGCUAAUAUGUGGGGCGCCCAAACUGUGUCUCAGAUACAGGUGUUGCCAUUAGUUGAUCUGGUAGUAACCCAUGGUGGUAAUAAUACGGUUACUGAGACUUUAUAUUACGGUAAGCCAAUGGUUGUGCUGCCGGUGUUUGCCGACCAGUUUGAUAACGCACAGAGACUGCAUGAAUUGGGCUAUGGUAUACGAUUAGAUGCCUACAAGUGCUCUGAUGCUGAGCUAUUGUGUGCUAUAAAUAAGUUGCUUAAUGAUAACGAGUUGAACGCAAAGUUGUCUAAAAUAGCCACAAGAAUACAGUCCGAUGAUAAAAUUUCACAAGUCCCAGGGUUGAUUGAAAAAUUAUGCAAUGGUGAUACUAAUCGGCAUAAAUAA